AGGCCUAAACAUAAGCAGCUAUCUCUAAACCCAUUUAAUUACACCAGAGUAAACUCUUGGGUUCUGUUUCGAUGCUGUGUAUCACUGUUUAGCUUUCCAUUUGCUGUACCGAGUUAUGGCCGAUUCUAAUCGUUUUUUCGUUCAAAAACCCUAAGCCCCGAGUCCCCUGAUAAUCAGAACAGAACCUCACCUUUGCGGCCUUGAAGUGGGCAUGGAUCGAUCUUCCAAUCUCCUCGAUGAAGCCCUAGGGCUCGACGAUCGCAACAACCCCUCGUCAUUGUACGGGCGGGCGGUGCUAAUCGAGGACUGCGUCGAGACCAGCGGCGCAUUCAUUCUUCAUCACCUCAUCAAGCGUUCUCUCUUGCCUAACACCUCGGGAAUCGUCAUAUUCGUCGCUUUAUCCCAACCCUUCUCUCACUACGAUCGCAUCUUACGGAAACUGGGUUGCAACUUAGUUACACAAAGAGAUAAUAAUAGGUUCCUUUUCAUUGACAUGCUUAUGCUCGAGUGUCCAGAUGGAGAUGGAGAAAAUUGUGAAAGUGGACUCAUUGCAUUGUAUGGGAGAAUACAAAAGGCUGUGGAAGGUAGUGUCUUAUCUGAAGGGAGGAGGAACUGCAUAACGAUUAUGAUAGAUGAUCUAUCUCUUAUGGAGGUGGCUACUAAUGGCUCUUCAAAUCAUGUCUUGAACUUUCUGCAUUACUGCCACUCAUUAACAUCAGAAUUGGGUUGUUCAUUGGUCAUGCUUAAUCAUAAGGAUAUCUAUUCAAGCAUGGAGAGGCCUUCAUUAAUUUUACAGAUGGAGCACCUUGCUGAUGUUCUGAUAAAGGCAGAACCCUUGGCUACUGGUUUGGCAAAUGAUGUGCAUGGAGAGUUAACAGUUUUGAAUAAAAGCCUAUCUGAUAUUCCGGGAAGUUUAAUGAACAAUAUCCGCAAUUUUCACUUCAGGGUCAAGGAAAACAGUGUUGAAUGCUUUUAUCCAGGAUGGCGGAAUUGAAUGACACGCUCCAAACAGCCUUGCAGAAUGGCUGAAUGUUAUUUUAUUUGUUUUAUUUUCCUUCCAAGGUUUCCUCUUUUCUGGAUUUGGAAUGUAUUGUAAUGAAAUAGAGGGAAGUAUUUUUAGUUAUAGUGGAUUUUUUCCUUGGCUGUUUUGUUCUGUGGACAAACUGGAGAACUGUAUGGUACAUAUUCAUAUUCUGAAUUAUUGAAUUUAUGUAUCAAUUCAAAGUAA